GUAGUUCCCACUGAAGAGGAAGUGUUAACAACAAGUAUGGGAAAUGACCUGCCAGAUACCGAGCGGUGCUUUGAGAAUUUGUGGUUAAAUAAGAUUGAUGUCCUGCCGUCUAGCUUCAUCAGAGAAAGACCGAGAGACAGAGAGGAGGAGAGUGAGACAGGAGGAAAAGCAUGGAGACCUUUGUCUUUUUGUUUCCUCAAUUUGACUUCUCUGCCCCUAAGGAGGAAGUGUAUUUCAAAAUGCUCGGCGAGACCGUGUGGGGUGCUACCAGAAUGAAAGACAGCCAAUCGAGAAAUAAGGACAAGGACAAAGACAAGGACAAGAACAAAAAGUAUCGACUGAGCCUUCUGAUGACCAGAUCUGGAUCACACGAGAAUGUGAGCCCAGAGAAAAAAGCACCAACUAAAACCAAUCACAUUCCACCUGAUGUGGCUUUGAGCUGGAAUGAUUCCUUUGAAGACCUUUUGGCACAUCCAGAUGGAGUGGAGACCUUUACGCAAUUCCUGCGCUCUGAGUUCAGUGAGGAGAACAUCGAGUUCUGGUUAGCAUGUGAGGAUUACAAGAGCACAGAGUCUUCUGCCAAUCUACAAUCCAAGGCCAGACAGAUGUAUGCAGUAUUUAUCGAUGCAGAGGCUCCCAAAGAGAUUAACAUUGACCACACGACCAAGCAGGACAUUCAGAAGAAUAUUGCGCAACCAACACCAUCAUGUUUCGAUUCAGCGCAGAGCAAAAUCUACGCCUUGAUGAAGAAAGACUGCUACCCACGCUUUCUCACCUCGGACAUCUACCUGAGUCUGACCAAGAGGAAAGUGCCUCCCGCCAUGACCAGGAGAAGGUCUCGAUCGUUCGUCUUCAGCGACCGUGAGGAUAAUGCGGCAGCCUGGCUGUAGCUUAUCCUCCACGACAGUUAGCAUACUGGUUCCUACUGGUUUUGACCCAGCGGUGCAUCUUUCACGACUCAUUGCUUUGUACUGGAGCAAAAGAGUUGAUCUUAGGCUCUAAUCUUCGCAGAUUUGAUCAAAUAACAUCGUCGCCAACAUUGCUACAGUGCAUGCCACAAGCGUUUGCUUAGUACAAAAUACAGAACAAGUAGCUACAUACAAGAUUGUGUAAACGUCAGCUAGCUAAAUCUUAAACGUAGGCAACGUCAAUAUCGUCUGUCUACCUUCUACAUGGACGUAGCAGUUUUUAAGGUCAGACUGAGUUCGUUAUGAUGUUCGGUGAAAGAACAGCGAUUUUGAAACAAUUGUGUUAACCUGCUUGUUCUAAUACGUUUAAAAUCGUUUUAUAGUAACAGCUCAUUCGUGGAGACUUCUAACAUAAUCAUGAUGUACAUAAACUAAAGCUAAUAAUCAAUUGAUAUCGCAAGGGAGACAUGGAAGGAGUCUCUAUUUCCACUGCUUUAUUUCCCAGACAGAGAAAUUCUUUAAGAUGAAAGAGUUUCUUUGAAGGUGAAAGGAUGACUGUUUUUAGCUGCUAUAACAUACGUGAUAACUCUUUUAGUAACAUUAAAUGUGGUCGUACAAAUCUGGAUGUGAUGCUAUACAAAGAUAAUCAGUAGACUCGACAGUAACAGCUACGUUGAUUAUUUUCUUAUAACAAACAUUACAAUGUCAUAUUAUUACAGUCGCGUUUUCCUGAUCAUAUGUAGCUUAAACUCUGCCCCUAAACUCAGUAUCUCUCUCUCUUUUUUUUUUUAAAGAAUACCUGUAAGUAUUAAUCUGAGAGCCAGGAAAAUAUGUUUAAAGUUAUGAGAAGACAUCUAAUAUACAUAUUAGCAUUCAACUAUUAUAUCAAGCCAUGAAUUAUUUAUUAUAUUGAUUAAAAUUUUGCCCUUUGCCUAGAUUUUCUUGCUAAUCUAUUUUUUAUUAACACGAUUACAAUCUUAGCUUUAAUUUGUAAAUUGUAUAUACAAACCUGUGUGAUAAAUCAUUGUACCGUAAUUUUAAAAAAAAUGUUUCUCAGUAAAUGUUUCUCUCAAUGA